AUGGCUAUCUGCGGCAAUACCAAACAAUGGCAUCACACAGGCCGGCUUCUCCAUCUAUGGCAAGGACAGAACUCUGGACUCUGGACUCUGGUAAGGGCAGAGGCGGCAGGUCUCCCACCUCAGGCAGAUAAGUCAUGUGCAUUGGAGGUUUUGUACGAGACCAUUAAUGGCCUUGAGAACAUUCACCCUGAGGCUGUUUUUAUUGUGGUUGGGGAUUUUAACAGGGCAAACUUGAAGAAGGUUCUGCCCAAAUACUACCAACACAUUAAAUUUCCCACCCAAGGAGAACAGACUCUUGACCACUGCUACACUGCACUCAAGGACAGUUACAAACCCCUCACCCGCCCUGCCUUCGGCAAAUCUGAUUACACCUCCAUUCUUCUUCUGCCCGCAUACAAAGACUUAAACAGGGGCUCUUCCUCCUCACUUGCAGAUGAACUUAAUGCUCAUUAUGCUCGUUUUGAGGCAACUGACACCUCACCUGCUGAGAAACUCCCAGUAGAUGAGGAGAGCUGCGCUCUAGCCAUUCCCCUUUCUGAGGUGGUGAGAUCCUUCAGGGCUGUUAACCCACACAAGGCACCCGGUCCUGAUGGCAUCCACAGUCGUGUACUUAAAGCAUGUGCCAACCAGCUGGCUGAGGUUUUCACUGACAUCUUUAACCUCUCCUUAAGACUGUUAGUGAUUCCCACAUGCUUUAAGGAAACCACAAUUGUUCCAGUCCCCAAGAAAUCGUCUGUCACCUGCCUGAAUGACUACUGCCCUGUUGCACUGACAUCAACAGUUAUAAAGUGCUUCGAGCAGCUGGUCAAAGCUCACAUCUGCUCAACACUUCCAGCCACCAUGGACCCUCACCAAUUUGCAUACCGCUCCAACAGAGCCACAGACGACGCCAUUGCACUAACAAUACACACUGCUCUCACACACCUGGACAGAAAGAACACAUAUGUAAGAAUGCUGUUCAUAGAUUACAGCUCAGCAUUCAACACAAUCAUCCCUGCAAAACUCAUUUCUAAGCUCACAGACUUGGGUUUGAACUCUCAUCUGUGCAACUGGAUACUGGACUUCCUGACGAGCAGACCUCAGGUGGUGAAAGCUGGGAACAGCUUCUCUUCCACACUGCCUCUAAGCACAGGGGCUCCCCAGGGAUGUGUGCUCAGCCCCCUCUUGUACUCCCUGUAUACACAUGACUGUGUAGCCAGACACACAUCUAACAUCAUCUUCAAGUUUACUGAUGACACAACCAUCCUAGGCCUCAUCACUGACAGAGAUGAAACAGCCUACAGAGACGAGGUUAGCGCUCUGUCAGAGUGGUGCCAUGACAGCAAUAUUUGUCUCAACAUCAGCAAAACAAAGGAGAUGAUAAUGGACUACAGGAAGCUGCAGAGGGGUGGUCACUCUCCCCUAUUUAUCAAUGGAGCUGAAGUGAAGAGAGUCAGCAGUGUGAAGUUUCUUGGCGUACACCUCACUGAUGACCUCACCUGGUCCCUCCACACCAACACAUUAUGCACCAUAGAGAGCAUCCUCACAGGCUGCAUCACUGUCUGGUACAGUAGCUGCACUGCCUGUGACCGCAAGGCCCUUAAAGGAGUGAUGAGGACGGCAGAAGCCAUCAUAGGCAACAAACUACCAGCCUUACAGGACAUCUACCAAGCCCACUGCCUCAGGAAAAUCAAAAAGAUCCUGUCAGACAGCAGCCACCCACUGCACAGCCUGUUCACCAUCCUGCCAUCAGGCAGGAGAUUUCACAGCAUACAGGAAAGAGAAUCCAGAUCCAGACAAAAAGAUCUCUUGAGCAGACUUGGCCUUGAUGAUAAACUUACGGAAAAAAGCUUUCUUGUAAUAUCCCCGUCCUCAUUACAUAAUGAGGAGCCCAGAAAAGAGACAGAUUUGGUUCACACUUUCAUGCAACGGCUUUUGACAACGGAUUACAGAGCAAGACACAUCAAUGGAAAAAAUAUCGUGUGUAGAGGAAAAAAGCAGAGCCAUAUUCACCCAAUGGACAUUCAGAUGGCAUUGUUUUUUUGUGCAGAUCAUUUUCUUCAACAGACCAUGGUAACUAAACUGUCACAAUGUCAGUAUGCAGUCCCUUUGUUGGUGCCCAGUCCCUUCUCCAGAAACAUUGAAUUCCCUUUGUGGACUAUGCGCCAAAUCAGUAAGAGCUGGAAGACCACUGAUAUUUCAGACAAAGUCAUCAGCAAAACUCUGCCUGUGUGGAAAGCUACAACUCCAAUGGUGGCAUUCUUCAGGAUUGGCUCCAUUAUCUCAUCUAAGUCUCAACUGAUGAACAGGCUGAUCAAUGAGAAGCACAACACAUUCUUCCACAGGAACUGUCCGGGCAGCAGCAGAGAUCGUCUACUGAUGGAUGGAGUGGUGGAGAUCGCCUGGUACUGUCCAUCUGGGAAAAGCACUGAUCAUUUCACUGACUGUGUUGCAUUCUGUAAUCUACAUGGUGAUUCCAGCACAAAUGUGACUCAAAGAAAGAUUCUCACUGAAGUGGCCUCAGUAAAUGUUGUGCUUUUACCCAUGCUUGAGAAUACGGCAAUUGUACAGGAUCUUUCUAAGAAUUCAACACCUCUCAUUGUUGUUCUUACUGAUGAAGAGGAUGAAACUAAAGAUGUUGUGUCUGAGAUAGGAGACAGAAAAUACAGAGUGGCACUGAAGAACAGAAAUAAUUCUGAUGUUUCUAUUGCACUCAGACGUGUCAUAAAGGAUUGCCUUUUCCAAAAGCCUCAAACUUUUAGGCUUGAACAUAUUGCAAAAUACAAAAACAUCCAGUUGGAUGAGCUCAAUAAAGCCUGUCAGAGAGGAAAAGAAGCUGCACAAUUAAUAAUGAGGUUCCUGGAGAGUGAAAAUCCUUCCACAGUCAAAGAAAGAUAUCUUCCCUGCCAGGGAAAACUGUGGCACGACUGGUGUCAAAAAAACAAAGACCUAAGACGGCUUCAAAGUGACAACGUAGAAAAAGAGAAAAGCACAAAGCAAAAAGAAAUGAGGGACAUAAGAAAAAAACAGGCACAUGGCUCCAGUGAACUCAUGCGGUUAUUUGUUCAGAGUUUGGAGUCUCUCCCAAACAUUAACAAAAUGUAUUUUCUCAAGUGGAUUGCAAUUCAACUAGAUGACUUCACUUCUGACACUCUCUCUGCCAUCAAUCAAGAAUAUGACCAAAAAUGGAAGGAAGUGUUAGCUUUGAAAAAAGCACAUGAAAAAGGACCCUCAAAGAAUUUUGAUUUAAAACAGAUAAAAACAGAUGAGCUGAAUGUUGAACAAUCAAACUUAGAAAACAUCUCAAACAAGCUUAAUGCUGCAACCUUUGGUUUACAGCAUAUGUUGAGAGAGAUGUGCCAGAUUUAUGAAGCCUCAGUCUGUGGAAUGGAGAAGAACAAGAUUAAAAACCUUUCUUACCUGCCUAGACUUGUUGCUGAGCUCAUGAUAUCUGGGCACCCAAUGGAGCUGAUCGAUGGUGACGCAGCUCAUGUUCCUCUGGUCUGGUUAUCAGCAGUUCUAGAUGAGCUUAUCAAGAAACUGGGAGAUCAGAGAGUUUUUGUGUUGUCAGUUUUGGGGAUUCAGAGCUCUGGGAAAUCCACUAUGCUCAAUGCUAUGUUUGGACUCCAGUUUGCAGUCAGUGCUGGAAGAUGCACCAAAGGAGCCUUCAUGCAGCUGGUCAAAGUGUCUGAGGAGAUGAAGAAAGAAGUGAAAUUUGACUACAUUCUGGUUAUUGACACUGAAGGCCUUCGGGCUUUUGAGCUGGCUGGAAAGAACACCAUACAUCAUGAUAAUGAACUGGCAACAUUUGUUGUAGGUCUUGGAAACAUGACUUUGAUUAACAUUUUUGGAGAAAAUCCAUCAGAGAUGCAGGACAUCCUUCAGAUUGUUGUUCGGGUCUUCAUGAGGAUGAAGAAGGUCAGGCUGAAUCCCAGCUGUAUGUUUGUGCACCAGAAUGUCACUGGUAUUGUGGCUGCAGAGAAAAUCAAGGAGGGAAGGAGACGUUUACAAGAUAAACUGGAUGAAAUGACUAAGUUAGCUGCUGAAGAAGAAGCCUAUGAUGCAGAAUGUUUCAGUGAUGUCAUUGCAUUUGAUGUACAGAAUGAUGUGAAGUACUUUUCGCAGCUCUGGGAGGGCAACCCACCCAUGGCUCCACCAAACCCAUGCUACAGUGAAAAUGUUCAAGAGCUAAAAAGACACAUUCUUUCUCGUGCAUCACAGACAAAUGGCAUGAAAUUAUCGCAGUUUCAGAUGCGCGUGAACGACCUGUGGAAUGCACUGCUGAAUGAAAAUUUUGUUUUUAGUUUCAAGAAUGCACACGAGAUAUCAGUGUACAGGAAACUGGAGGAGGAGUAUGAGAAAUGGACCUGGAGUCUCAGGAGUGCCAUGCUGAGCAUUAAAGACAAAAUGCUUAACAGAGUAGAAUGUGGAAAAAUGGAAACACUUGACAGACAAGAGCUUAUGAGAGAAACAAAAGUGACCUUGCAAACUAUCCAAAAAGCAUCUAAAGUCUAUUUUGAAGAAAACAGUGAAAAGGAAACACUGAUUCAGUGGAAAUGCAGAUUUGAGAAACAAAUACAAAACCUCCAUGAUGACCUUGUAAAUGAGACAAAAAGAAAACUGGAUGACAACAUUCAACAGAAAACUUUUCACAAAAAGCUGGACCCGCAACUGAUAAACUAUGAGAAGACACUCUUUGAAAUGAUCAAAGAGUUUGCAUUGAAGCUUAAAGAAAAUGGCAAUAAAAAUAGAGAUUCAAAGGCAGAAUUUGAUUCAGUGUGGGGAGAGUGGGUCUGUCAGUUGGCUGAACACGCUCCAAAAGAUGCUAACAUAUCAAAGGAUGUGACUGACAUUCUGGGAGAGUUCUAUGAAUAUGGCCUUGUUGUUCAUCAAAAGGCAUCUCAUGAAUACCGAAAAAUUUACAACACUUGCAAUUUCAAAGAUUAUGUCUCUAUGAAAAAGAGCAUGUUCACUUGCAAGGAAAAGUGUCUUAAUUCAGAGGAUCAAAGAUCAAUACGAGAGCUGAUUUCUGAGGUCAUUGAACAAACAACAGAAAAAGUGAAUUCAUUUACUGUCUCAGUGCAGGGAUAUAGUAAAACCUACAUCCAAGACAUUGCACGUAAUGUCAGAGAACUUGUGCAAAAUUUUAAUUCAAAAGAUUCCUUUAAGUUUAAGAAAGAGUUCUUAAUAGAUCUCUCCCUUUAUGUGUGUGAACAGGCAGAAGUUCGCUUUGCAGAACUUCACAAACACAAGGAAUCAAAUGAUCCACUUCUUUACUUUGAAGAGAAAAAAGCUGACUACUUUAAAAUCUUUCAGAAAUACUGCCAGGGAGCAACAUCAGCAGCUGUGCUUGUGGACCAAAUCUGUAGUAAACUGAGAGAAACAAUCCUGCAGAGUGUGUACAACAUGAUCACUACCUUCAUUUGUAGACAAAUGAGAGGGAAGCCGCCAUUUAAUGGGAACAGAAGUGAUCUGGAAAAACACAUCCUGAAGUCACUGGCAGAACAGAAAGGAAAGAAGGAUGAGAAGUUUAAAAACUUCUUAACAUACAUGAACGAUCCAAAGUCGCACUUUGAAAAUUUCAUUAGAGACAAAGUUAGAAAGUACAUGGAAGCAGAAAAUCCUCAAGCAGUUUCUGCAAUCAAAGAACACAUUGAACACAAACAUAAAAGUGUCAGUAGUGCGGCCAAAAUGGCCAGAGAUAAGGUCAAAGCUGUCAGUGGAGAUGUAAAAAUGUGGCUGGAUUUAUUUUUCAGCAGCCUUGUAGAUGAGUUAGGAGACACUAGAGUUCACUUGAGAGAUGAUGUCUCUGAGGAGAUCACUGACUUUGAUGUUCUGGUGAAUUUUAUGAAGACAGAGCUCUCUGAUGGCAUUAAAGAGCUAAAAGGAAGCAUCAGUAAGCUUUCAGACUUGAAACUGGAGAUGUUCAGAGAAAAACCUGAUGAGAUUCUGAUCAAACACUUCUGCAGGUGCUGCUGGGUGCAGUGCCCCUUCUGUGGAGCUGUCUGUACCAACAGCCAAGAAAACCACACUGGAGAUCACAAUGCUGAUUUCCAUCGCUCAUCUGGAAUGAGUGGUAUGUUUUUUAAAGAUACAACAGAAUUUUCUAUAAACUUCUGCACAACAAAAGUAGCAAGUGACCUGCGUUUUUGUCCUGGAGGUUCAGAGAAGUCCUUCCCUUACAGGCAGUACAGGACAGCAGGAGGAGAAUAUGCUAAAUGGCUGAUCUCUUCUGAUUUUUCUGACCUGGCAUAUUGGAAAUGGUUUGUUUGGGAAUUCAAGGACAACCUUGAAAAUCACCACAAGAAAACCUUCAGUGGAUGGGAGGAGAUUCCUGCUGAAUGGAGAAAAUUGAAACAGUCUGAUGCAGUUGCAAGCUUAGGAAUUAAAUGA